AUGAAUGCUCUUCUGGGAAGCCUUGUGGUCUUGGCCAGCAUUGUGACGCUAUGUAAUGCCCAGUGCUCUUUUAUACCUAAAAUAUAUCGUCCAGGUGACAAACUUAACGAAUGCAGGGAUCUCGAUGGAGUCACCUACCCGAUGAACUCCAAGUGGAAGAAUAAUAAAUGUGAGGAGUGUUCUUGUAACUCAGCUGGAAUUGACUGCUGCAACAUUGCUGCUGUACCUGUGGGUUACAACAAAUUGAAAUGCAAUAUGUUAUUCAACCCGAAAACCUGCACCUACACAGUGGUGGAGAAAAAGAAUCCAGAAAAGUUUUGUGAUGUCCAGCAAUGGGUGAUGUAA